AUGAGUCUGGGCUAUGAGGGACCAGCGGUUUGCCCAGUCUGCUUCUGGUCUCUUGGGCAGGGAGAUUCCGAGAGCCACGCUCCUGCUGGAAAGCAAGCCCGCCCUGGAGGGGAAGGCUGUGGGCCCUGCCGCUCGCGCCGCGGGGCCUGCCUCUCGGCCCUCCUGGUGCUCCUGCUGGCCGUGCUGGCCGCCUUGCUUGUCGUGGCUGCUGUCCUUGGACAUCCACCCGGCAUACCAGAGACCCAGUCCUGUGUGACAAUGACCAACAGGACGGGCUUCUUAUGCCAUGACCGAAGGCACUGCAUCCCAGCCCACGGGGUGUGUGAUGGCAUUCGCACCUGUCCCCACGGUGAAGAUGAGGAUGAAAGUUUGUGCCGAGAUGUGCCCCAGAGCCUCCCCAGUUUCCUCCUGGCCCACUGUGGAAACCCAGCCUCGUGGAUCUACUCAGACCAGAAAUGUGAUGGCACCAACAACUGUGGGGACUGCUCGGAUGAAAUGAGCCCAGUGACUGUGUGCCCACCUUGUGGCCCGGGAUGGUGGCGCUGCACUCCGACUGUCUUCAAGUACUGCAGCUGUAUCCCGAGGGUCCUGUGCCGGGACCACGUGCAGCACUGUUGGGACUGGUCAGAUGAGUACUUCUGUCCUGGACCCUGA